AUGACCAACUCCCUCGUAUCAGCUAUAGACGGUGUGAUCACCUACUUGGCCAAACUCGUCGACACACCUAAAAUCAACUAUAGGGAAUUGGUGAUCCUCAGUACAUGGGUUCAAACAGCUUUUGAAGUCUAUAUCUUACGCCGUCAAUUACCAUGCUAUGAGCGACCUCUUCCACCGCCUGCACUGAAACAGCACGUAUCAAAAGAGACAUUCACGAAAGCUCAAUCGUACAGUAAAGACAAGACCAGAUUCGCUCUUCUGAAAUUGAUCUUUGAUCAGUUCCUAGGCUGGGGUCUAAUCAAAUUAGGUGCUUAUGCUGGAUUAUGGAAUUUCACUGGUGGUCUUUUGAGUAAAAUUGGUAUCUCACCUAAUCGAGUUACUACACAUUCAUUAGCAUGGAUGACGGUGUUAACUCUCAUCUCUUCUUUCCCCGGUUUACCUUGGUCGUACUACCAAACAUUCGUAUUAGAGCAGAAACAUGGUUUCAACAAGUCAACGGUCAAGUUAUGGGUUAUGGACACGAUCAAAACCUACGCUCUGGCAGCUGUCAUUGGGCUUCCUGUCUUAGCUGGGUUUUUGAGGAUAAUCGAUUGGGCAGGUAAAAGCUUUGUACCAUGGUUGAUGGUCUUCCUGAUCGGUAUUCAAUUAACACUUCAAAUUGUUUAUCCGACAUUCAUCCAACCACUCUUCAACAAGCUCGAACCUCUCCCUCAAGGUGAACUCCGAACCAAAGUUGAGGAACUUGCUGGUCAACUAGGCUUCCCUCUCAAACACCUUUAUGUGAUUGAUGGAAGUAAGAGAUCAUCACAUUCUAAUGCAUAUUUCUACGGUCUGCCCUGGUCAAAGCAUAUCGUCAUUUACGAUACCCUUAUCAAGGAUAGUACUGUAGAUGAAGUCGUUGCUGUACUUGGCCAUGAGCUAGGACACUGGUAUUAUGCCCACCCAACCAAACUCCUCCUUGUUACCCAACUCCACCUCCUAUUAACUCUCACCAUUUUCUCAAUCUUCAUCAAUAACAAAUCUCUCUACGCUUCGUUCGGAUUCGAUCCUUCUCUGGCCGUCGCUAAACCUCAACCCAUCUGUAUUGGAUUCAUGUUAUUCCAACUCGUGCUUGAACCUACCGAUGCGUUUGUCAAGUUCUUGUUGAACGCUGAGACUAGACGAAUGGAAUAUCAAGCGGAUGAAUUCGCCGUUCAAUUGGAUAAGAAAUCCGAUUUAUCAUCUGCAUUAAUCAAAUUACAUAUAACCAACUUAUCUUCACCUCAUAACGAUUGGCUUUACUCGAUGUAUCAUCAUUCUCAUCCUACUUUACCUGAAAGAUUAAAUGCGAUGGAUAAUUAUAAAGGUGAGAAGAGGUUGAAACUGAAAGGUAAAGAGACGAAAACAGAGACUGAGGGAGCAGAAGGUAAGAAGGACUUGUAA